GCGGCGGCGGCGGCGGUGGUCAUGGAGGGAGUCGGCCCCUGUUUCCCCAAGGAACUGGUGAGCAAACUGCUGCGCCUGCAUUUCAGGGACGACAAGACCAAAGUCAGCGGGGACGCACUGCUGCUCGUGGCGGAGCUGCUGAGGGUCUUCGUCGUGGAAGCAGCCAUCCGCAGUGUCAGGCAGGCCCAGGCGGAGGACCUGGCCUGUGUGGAUGUGGACCAACUGGAGAAGGUGCUGCCGCAGCUGCUUCUGGACUUCUAGGGGUUUCCCCCCUCACUGAGGCCACCUGCCCGACUCACAACCCAGCCCCGUGUCCACGUGUCUUCCGUGGUCUCCGGCUUCAGACAGGGAAGGGGCUGCUGAUCCCCAGACGCCCCUCCACCCCGAACCUGGGCCAGGUCCCUGCAAACGCACUGUUGUCCCCCCUGCCCUCCUCUGCCCUGCUGAUGGCUUGGACAAAGCUGCUGAACCGCUGUGUGGGGAGCCAGGCCCGUGGCAGGCAGAAGCGGGGACCAGUCCUGCCACUGACAUCAAAGCUGUGGGUAACCUCCUAACAUUCACUGCUCCCUCAGAGAUGCU